AUGCAUCCCGUCAUCCAUGUGCAUGUACAUAGAUCGUUCAUAGCUGCUGAGAACUUUAGUGGUAGUCUCGGCGAGUACGGCAGGCUCUUGUCCACUGUGGUUGUUUUCUGCAUUCUGAUAGUCCUUCAGUGCAACAUUUUAGAAGCUCGUAGGUCACCUCUCAAGGGACACUAUAGAACUUUGACCAAAACAAAGCAUGUUGCCAUCAAGGGCAGAACUAAUGGAACGGCUGUGGCAACAGAAAAACCUAAAUCGGGCAAUCAUACUAACGGAACGGCAGUGAAAGUGGAUAAACUUAAAUUGGGCGAUCGUAUGGAAAAGAUGUACAGUCACUGCCAAGAAAUAUUUAAAGAGAAGAAUUUAGUUAGCCACGUUAUUCGUGGCAUGAUCGGAGGAAUUUUGGAUCGGCUUCAUGAGCUGUGUGUGGACAAACCCAUUCACCCACUCAUUCACAGAGUCUUCACGGAAACACUUAUAUGCGGUGGGAGUCUGUCGGAAGCCGUCGACAGCGUCAUUGACAUUUUAUUUGGGCAAAGUGAAAGAAAUUGCAGGGAAAGACCUGGAUUCCGCAGCGUAUUUGUUUUAACUAGUGCGGAAAAUGAAGUAGUGGAGACGAAGCAUAUAAAAUAAAACCGCAUUUCGAUGGCGAGAAUAAAUAAUAUUAU